ACGAAACAAGCAAAUAUUAGAACACGACCAUCGUAUGUGGGAAACCAAUCAGCGUCGGCAUGGUCGCUGAAUUAUCACACCACUCGCACUCCAAAUUAAUUUUGAUAGCAGUUGUAGGUUCAGCCUACGGCGGGCGACGCUCGGAAUAAUUAACAUUGCUGAUAUCGGUAUACAGGUAUUUGGUUUCUUCGUAUUUCAAUAUUGAUUGUGCAAGUAACUACACUACGUAGUGUUUUCUAUUGUGUCAAAUAUUUCACUUUCUCUAUGCAACCACAUACCACAUAAAUUAAUAGUAGCCAAUCCUUGCUACAGGGCAUUUCGGAAACUUUCACAGAAAAUUUUAUUUUGCCUGUUGUUGCGACACUAGCAAUAAAAUCACUUCAUACCGGAACAAUCAUUACCUCGCGCAAUGCCUGCCAUCUUAAGAGCGAUGGAAUUUGUGAUCGUUUUUCACGAUCUAUAUAACAAACAGACACUUUCCUCGAACGGAGAGGCAGGUUAUAUUUUGAGUUAUCUAAAUCUGCUAAACAAGCGAAUGAAACGUUUGCACUUGUUGGUUCGUCGUUCAACGAUUGACCAGCUUUAUCUAGCUCUUCCAUAGAAGCUUCGGCCUUUCCUUUUAAACCGAUCAUUGCUGAUUUGUAAAUGAACUUGUCCGAAAACCUAGCAAUACGUUUGUUCUACCAACCCACUACUGCCACUCUGGGCGACCAUAUCUAGUCUGAUCGCUGAGAAGCAUCUAUCAGGGUGCAGGCUCCUGAGAAACGUAUUCAAUAUUGAUAUACAUUAUUAUCUUCUUUUUAUCAUCUCAAUUCCCGGCCCCCGUCAUCCGUAGCACGUUUUCACACAUUUUUGGCCAACAUAUAUGAUGAUGAGUCGCACCACACCACACCACUGUUUCCUCUCCAUUCUAGGGCAACCGUUACUAUGAGUUACCGGCACGUCGGACACAUCAAACAAUCGCAAAGCAAUACAAACUGGGAAACAUUUCGUAUUGGUCGUUCGCGAACAUCAAACGUUUCCUAGGCUACUGGCUGUAGGAUCGGCGCUGUUUAUUACUUUCACUACGCGACGGUUUAGGGUACACCUGGAAACCUAAGUAAACAUUUCACUUUAUUAGCGCAUUGGUAUCGGGUUGCAUCGACGUUGGAAGAGAGUAGUGCAAAGUGUUUCCAGAACAAUUUUUAAAACUCGAUCUAAAUAACUGCAAACAAUUUAUUGAACGAUUUUCAAUAUGCCAAUGCAAUCGAAACAUUCCAAAAACUUUGUAAAAGCUCAAGCCAAAUCUAACUACAGCAAUGAUUUGCCAGCGAAACAACAUCGCCCGGGAGUUUACAAUCGCCAUCACCCACAGGAAUGCGAUCUCAUGCUUCGAUGGAGACCCAUUCAUCUUCAAAGAGAUGAUCCGUACGAAGGGAAAAAUGUCGUUCAAAUCAUGAACAAGGACAAUGUGCGAAAUUUGCUUAUCCCCAGCAAAGAAUCGUCCGUGUAUCCUGCUUUCUGGUCUAAGGAGGACUAUGAACGCAUGCAGGACAAGGCUAAACUAAAGACGCUCGAGGAUCGAUUGGCCCAAUUUAAAGCAAAUGAGACAGAGAAGAAGAAUAUGCUGGAAGAGUCUGAACGGCGCAAGAAACGACUGCAAGAAAUUGAUCGCGAGCGUCAACAAAAAGGUGGAAAAGUGGGCAACAUACUGGAAGAUGGAGAAGGUGACCGAGACUCCGAUACGAGCCCGAGGAAAAUCAUCGACCGAGCGUUCCUCGCCAAACAGGAGCAAGAGGAAGAGGUCAAACGGGCCAACCGCAUCAUUCUGGCCGCCAAAUGUCACAUUAUACGGGAUGCACAGAUAGCGGAAAAGCAGGAGAUCGAGCGGGAACUACGCACGGAGGAGCUGCGCCUCGAGAAAAUGAUGUUGCAGGAAAAUGAAAAGGCACUCAAAGAAGAGGAAAAGAAAAGGGAAGUGAACAAAGUGCUCACCACGCAACACUCGGAGGAAAUACGUAACCAACUGUUGGAACGCGAAAAGAUGCGCCUCAAGGAAGCGGAACGGAUCGAGGAAGAAGCGCGCGUUCUGAAACAAGCACAAAUGGCAAUUGCGGAAGAGGAAAAGCGGAAGGAAAAGGAACGCCACGAUCGUGUCAAUCAGGUCCGCGAGGGAUUAAAGAAGGCAUACGAGCUUUCCGCUCACUACAAGCAGGUCGAGUUCGAGGAGCAACGUAUAGCCGAGCUUAAAAUUCAGGAGUAUAUGCGCCAGAGAAUGGAACGGCAGAAGAAAAUAGAAUUUGAGCGCAAAAUUGCUGCCGAAGUGCGGGAGAAGGAGCACGACCGAAUGCUCAAGAUUCAGCAAAAACUGCUCGACACCAAAUCGGAGAAGAAUGAUAUGGACCUUCGGCGGGGCCAGGAACACAUCGAGCGGGAAUUUCGACGCCGUGAGAAAGAAGCCGCCAUCAAGAAGAAAGAGCUCGAACAACAGUUGGCAGUGGCGCGGGCCGCCCAAUUAGAGGCCGUGAAAACGGAACGUGCCAUGCAGCUAGCUCGCGAUGAGCAAGAGCAUAAAAAAGCGAUUGAAAAGCUAAAAGUUGAAGAAGCCAAGGAGAUGGAACAGAAACGGAAGCAGCUUAAACUGCGUGAAAGAUACCGCGAAGAGAUCAUUCAACAAAUGAACCUCAAAGAGCAAGAGCGCCGCGAAAAGGAACGUAUUGCUAAGAACGAACAGCAAGCCCUACUGGAAGCGGAAAAGAAACGUGACAGGAACAUCAAAACUAUUAUUGCCAACAAAAUAAAAAUGAUGAAAGAAAGCCAGGUCCCGGAACGUUUCAUCAAGGAUGUGGAGCGUCAACUCAAUCUCGGAAAGUGAGCGUGAGUGGAGAGCGCGAGGAGGGCAGGAGGGGGCUCACUGCAUGCGUUUCGCAAGUACGUCUGGUUUCAAUAUCGUGUUUCCCCACUUCAUAUGAAUCUAUCCAAAUAAAUUCGUGUGUGAUUCUUUAUGUUCUUAUCUUUCAAA